GGGCGUAUUGGGGGGUGACAUUGCCGUCAAUUGCGCACAGCUGUCAGAAUUCAGGUUCGCUUGGUCGACAUUUUAUCGUAGAGCCACAUGCAUGCAACUCUCUGGACUGCUUUUUUGUGAUUAAUUUCUCAGGUGGUGAAUACAUCUAAAACCAACAAAUAAUUAUAUUCAUCAACAAUGUCUCUCAUUGAGGAAUACGAGGAAGGGGAAUACGAGAGAGCACCUAAGCGUCUCAAGACGAUGGAUGUGGAGGAGGGGGAGGAUUCAGAUACAGCUUCCGCGGGGCUGCUAGGAGACGAAGAGGAUGCUACGGGGACCACCGGGGAAAACCGGGCCCGGUGGUCACAAACAAAAUAUGAGUCUGGAAGAAAGGACAAUGGGGAGGAUGCCCACAGGAUCGCCCCCUCUCCGGUGGUCCACGUGCGGGGGCUCUGUGAGUCAGUGGUGGAGGGGGACCUGGUGGAGGCCCUGGAGAAGUUUGGCAACAUCUGCUACGUCAUGAUGAUGCCGUUCAAGCGUCAGGCGCUGGUGGAGUUUGAAGCCAUGGAGAGUGCCGACCAGUGCGUGACAUGCGGGGUCAACGAAGCUGUCUACAUUGCCGGCCAGCAGGCCUUCUUCAACUACUCCACCAGUAAGAGAAUCACGCGGCCAACUAAUGCCGAUGACCCCAGUAGUGGCAACAAAGUCCUGCUCCUCUCCAUUCAGAACCCCCUCUAUCCCAUCACCACUGAUGUUCUGUACACAGUCUGCAAUCCCAUAGGCAACGUGCUGCGCAUUGUCAUCUUCAAACGCAAUGGAAUCCAGGCCAUGGUGGAGUUCGAAACUGUCAAAAACGCCCAGAAGGCGAAAUCGGCUCUCAACGGAGCAGACAUAUACGCCGGCUGCUGCACCCUGAAGAUCGAAUACGCUCGGCCCACGCGACUCAACGUCCUCCGCAACGACAAUGAUAGCUGGGACUACACCAAGCCCUUUCUCGUCAGGCGAGAGCGAGGGAAGGGGAGACAACGCCAGGCCAUUCUGGGAGAGCAUCCGUCCUCCUACAGCGACAACGGCUAUGGGUCACACUGCCCCCUGCUGCCCCUGCCCAGCAAUAACAGGUACAAGAGGAGCUCUCCCCAUGACGCCCAGGAGGUGGUUGCCUACCCCCUGCCCCAGACCUCCUCCUAUAUGGGCCACGCCUCCAGCUCGUCGGUCGCCAUGGUGAGCGGCCUGCACCCAGCCAAGAUGAACUGCACCCGCAUCUUCAACCUCUUCUGCCUGUAUGGGAAUAUUGAGAAGGUGAAGUUUAUGAAGAGUGUCCCGGGCACCGCACUGGUAGAGAUGGGAGAUGAGUAUGCUGUGGACCGAGCCAUCACACACCUCAACAGCAUCAAGGUGUUCAGCAAGAGGCUCAACGUCUGUGUGUCCAAGCAGCACGCGGUCAUCCCCAGUCAAGUGUUUGAGCUGGAGGACGGCAGCAGCAGCUACAAGGACUUUGCCAUGACCCGGAACAACCGCUUCAGCAGCGUGGGCCAGGCGUCCAAGAACAUCAUCCAGCCGCCCGCCGCUGUGCUGCACUUCUACAAUGUCCCGCCCUGCAUCACUGAGGACGAGCUGCAGAGGUUAUGUACAGAGCAUGAUGUUCCCGGUUUCAUCAAGUUCAAAGUCUUUGAUGCAAAACCCAGCUCCAAAACUAUCUCAGGCUUAUUCGAAUUUGACAACAAGACACAUGCUGUGGAGGUUCUAACAGUCCUCAACCACCACCAGAUCAGAAUUCCAAAUGGUUCCAACCCUUACACCCUCAAGCUUUGCUUCUCCACUUCCUCACACCUCUGAGACCUGGAAAACCAAGAUGGCCGCCGCAAUAGUUUGCCAUCAACAAGGGGAGAAGCGGAUAGGGGAGAAAGGAAGAGCACCCAACAAAGGAGAACAAAAGAAACAAUGCAAGGGUGGUUAGUCAACACACUUUUUCGGACCUGAGAAUGGAAAGGCGGGGUGUUAAAAACACUCAAGAUCAUUUCUCCCCCUCAUAUGAACUAUUUUAAUGGAUUAUUUUUUAUGUCUUUUUUCCUUUAUUUACAAAAACUAUUUGAAGGAGCUGCAAGUGGUUGGGCUGACAGUUGUAACUGACAGAGGGAGAGGAAAGCCCAACUAUGCAUCCUGGCAGGGCUGCUUACUCUGCACUACAAUUGAUUUGACAUUUCCUGUGCUGACUUGACGAGGGACAAAUUUGACUUCUGUCUUUUUAUUGUGUGACCUAUUUUAGUGGUCAAAAGACAGUGACCUACGUUACGUUUUAAUUCCUAAGCUGAUGUCGAUGGCCAGUGGCCAGUUUUACAACUUUCAGACGAUUCCCAAAGUUGGACCAUGAGAACUGUAUACCCAGUUUUUCCCCUAUAUUAGUUUCUUCCUUAGGCGGGAUGCAAAAGCCCUCGAAGCAACAUCUAGGGCAGCUGGGAUAAAAAUUACAAAUUGAAGCCAAUGGAGGGCAAAUCAUUUUAGGUGGUGGAGGGCUGCUCUAGCUAGGGGAAACUGUGUUUCAAGAAUUCCAAACACUGAAGGUCCAUGCGGGUUGUAUGUAUUUAGUGUUCCCAGUUAUACUGUGUCUCCAUGUUUGUACUUGGCACACCACUAACACGUCUGAAGAAUUCACUGUGAGCAUGUGCAGAAAUUAAAACAUUUGCCAGUCGAUACA